AUGAGGGAGGCCAUCAGCAGCAUGAUGCGGGUGUCGACUUUCUUGCGUCCAGAAGUCUCGUUCGCCGUGCGUGCGGUAGCGCGCCACGCCCACGCCCCGGCGAAGCGGCACUGGGAUGCCAUCCAGAAGAUCCUCGGCUACUUAGAGGAGACGCGGGACCUCGGCAUCACUUACCAACGGCGUUCGGUGUCAGGGUUGGCGACCACUGUUGGAGGUACCGUACUCAGCCAUGGUAGCAAGACGCAGAGCAUCGUGUCUCUGUCUUCAACGGAAGCCGAGUACAUUGCUGCCGGGGAGGGUGUCAAGAAGGCGUUGUUUGUGCGUGCUGUGCUUUCGUUUGUUGCCCCAGUGACCAGAGGUAGCAGCAUCCAGGUCCUUGAGGACAACCAGGGAGCCAUAGCGUUAGUGCAGAACCCCCUCAGCUCAGGUCGCACGAAACACAUCGACGUGAGGUUCCAUUUCAUCCGCGGAUUGUUUAGGACGGGGGAUAUUACGGCCAAGUUUGUUCUGACAACGGAGCAACACGCGGACCUCCUUACCAAGGCCCUUAGCAGGGCCAGUCUGCAGUACCACCGGNGCGGAUUGUUUAGGACGGGGGAUAUUACGGCCAAGUUUGUUCUGACAACGGAGCAACACGCGGACCUCCUUACCAAGGCCCUUAGCAGGGCCAGCCUGCAGCACCACCGGCGCAAGUUGAUGAAUUUGCCGGAGUAG